AUGCCAAAUUACGGCCAGUAUUCGCAGCAUCCAAAGACUGAAUCAAUGACCAAGGCUCGGAGCUUUUGGACUACACAAGACAAAUUUGAGUUUCAUUUAGCAGUCGAAGAACUCCAUAAGCUGGUACAGGUGCCAGCCGACGAGCAUCUGUAUCGAGACAACAUCCCAGAGCCGGCCGGAGACCAUGUUCUCGCAUUAAAGGAUGAGCUGCAGAUCGCUGACAACCUUGCCUUCCUCGCCCAUUGGGAAGAAGAUGUGACGGCGGUCUCCGCAAUUACGAUUCAAGAGAGACCAAGAAGUUUGAAAGUGGUAGUUACGAGCAACCAAACACCGGCUGAAGCCAUUGUGGAUGGGCUGCGAGAUCUGAUGCGAAUCACUAGCGAAUUCUCUCAAAAAGGUACGUUCAAUGAAUCAUAUCUCGACAAAAGCAACUUCUAA